AUGGACCAGACUGAUGACCAUGACGACGACAAGGACGACGACACAAACAAGUUGACGAUGGAUGAGUUGUGGUCACAAUUGAGGAGAUAUGGCACACUGUUUCAAUCAUUCAGUCAGAACGAACUGGAUAUACAUAAUACAUACAAGGACCUUCAUGACUACCUUACAUUAGAGGAACAUAAGCUCAAGAAGUCAAUCACACAGCAAAGAAUCAAUGUAGAGUUGCUUAUCAAACAGACCAUUGCCACACUGUCCACGAUGCAUAGUCAUCCAAGCACUACUACCACUGUUGCUCCUAAAGUUACACAUCAUCACAACAAGAGGAAGUUGAGUGAUAGUGAUCAUGAUGAUGACGACUAUGUGGUAGAUCAACAAUCAUCAAACAAGGGUAGUAGUGGCGGUAGUGAUCCAUUAUCAACAGAUGACUUGGUUGAUGUUAUACUCAAACAUCAUACUGGAGGACAGAGUACUGAUCAAUUCAUUGAUAAGAUUGAUCAACUGGGUGGUGGUGGUGGCCUAAAGAAAUGGUUGGGCAACGUUGAGAGGUCAAUGGACAUGGACAUGGACAUGAAUAGUACUGCCAAUGUGGACAAUUUAUCAAUACGAUUCAGUCAUGAAUCAAUUGAGGAUGUAAAGUGUAAAUUGAGAGAGAUCUAUGAGAUGGUGCGAAACAGUGAUGAUCAUGAUGAUGAUGACAAUGAAGAGAGGUCAACCUCAAUAAUGCUAUUUGGUGAACAAAAGUAUCUGCUCAGGAUGCCUACGAUGGUGGCUGAACCAGCUGAUCAAAGGAUUGCCCAUCCAAUAUUGCUCAGUAACGACUUUAACUCGUGCAACUUGGUCAAUGGCACACAUCUAUAUUCAUUGGCAAUGCGUCCUGGAUGUAGAACAAUGUAUAUUAUGCGCUACAGUCUACUGGAGAGCAUGCGUGAUCAAUUGCUGGCGUUCCAGGUGCUGCAUGAAGACCAACGAGUAUUGGCCUCAUGCUUUGAUGGCCACCACUCAAUCUAUAUCUUUUACUACCUUCCAGGCAGUCAGCCACCGAUUGAUUGCUACGAUUGCCAGUCCAGACAACUGCGUCGCGUGGGCACCUUCCGCACAGGCUUUAACUUUUGCCAUCCAUUCGUUGCCAGCUCACAUCCGGGUCGUGUCUACUACCUCGUCAGUCUGACGGCCAUCUAUCGACGUCACUCACUAAUGUACAUUGACUUGGCACAGGAUACGGUCCAAUGUCACAUGGAUAUCAUCAACAACAGUGACAAGGUAUUCGAGUCUAUUGUAUUUGCUGUUAGUGAUGGUCGUGACCUACUCUAUAUCCACGAGAGGAUUGAUUUCUAUGUCUACACGAUAUCAACCAAAGAGAAGAAGCAACUACAGCAGCAGCAACAACAACAGCAACAGCAGUAUGGUGAUAGAAUAAUAUGUAUGAAUAGUGACAAUAAGAUUGUUAGCAUUUACAAUGUGGAGCAGGAUCAAUGGUCAGAGGUCGAGUACUCGUUCGCGAAUUCAAGUGGUACAUCAAGAGAUUCAUUAGUACCUGUGGCUAUUGGAGCAACUCUUUGGUACAAACUAUGCCAACAACAACAACAACACGGAAGUGGACAGACCAAGUGA